AUGAUCGGACUUGUAGCUAUAUCCGUUGUAUGCUUUCUAGCAACUUUUUCGCGGGCUGGAUCAGUCACGCAAGAUGAUUUUACCGGUGUUGGACGGAUUCAUGUUCUCAAGUCCGACGACUGGAAGACAGCCAACCCUUCCCAGAUCAUAGGAUGCUUGGAUGAUCUAGGCAGAUUCGUCAGUGGAGAGAAGAAAGAGGAUUGCGGUGUUUUCGCACACAUAAACACCUACCCGAGCACGUUGUCGAGUAGCAAAGGGAACUGUAGCUUCACGAAUUCCAAGGCCGAGAAGAACUUGGACAGCUACUACGGAAGAAGAGACAGCGCCUGGUCUUGCGCACCAGGGAACGUUGCAAAGCCUAUGGAUGCGCUUUACACUCUCGAUGGCUUCGAGUAUCCAUUCCUUUGCUUUGGAGACAUCGCGUGCUUCUAUGAUUCAAAAGAAGCGCCACAGAAGGGAGAGAACACAUCUCUCUGGCAAUUCCGAUGGGGCUCUAUGCAGCGAGGGGUUCCGGAAGGUCACAUACAGCUUCAGCUGAUGUGGGAGAAGAUCGGGGACCUGACGAAGAAAGCCAACACAGAGAAGGCCCCCAGUCGGUUGAUGGGAUUCUCGAACGUCUUGCAGACACUUUUCCGUGGCCCAGAGAUGGAUGCUUGA